ACAGUGUUCUUGAGUAGAUUAAGUGUUUUACUGUCUUGUUUCAGUUAGGCAAGGCAGAGAGCGAACUGACUGCUUUGUCAUGCAAGGUUGAUCAGGAGUACAACACUCUUGCUGGAUCACAGGCAGCUAACACUCAGGUCCCGACAGAACUUAUCAGCAAUGUCCAAAGCCUUCGUAGUGAGUUGAUGCAGGUGUCUGAUGAAGUUCUUGAGAUCCAGAAGCAGCAGAAGAUGGUAAUGUCCACAAUCCAGACACAACUGAGUACUUUGUGCAGUCAGUUUGAUGAUCUCAGCAACAUCACUGGUCCAGCAGCUUUGACAGAAGGAAAACAGGAAGAUGGCAAGGAAAACAGCUAUGAAAGUGAUUAAGAGAAGUAACUUAGAUUAGAUUUCGAUUGUGAUAUCUUGUCAAAUAGCUUGGGACUAUAGUGAUUCUCUACUGCAGUUCUUGCUUUCUAAAUUGCAAGAUAAAGUGUUUGUUAUAUGUAUGAGAUUUGAAUUACAUUAAUUUACUUUUUGGUAUGUUGUCAGUAUAUUACUGACAAAAUGGUUGAUGAAAGGAAUUUUAGAAGUCAGUUUUAUGAGAAGGUUGGGCUAAGGGAGGUGGAGGAGAAGCGUGCUGUAGAAGCCCUUCUAAAGGAACAACCAUUGAAUGAGCGAAAAUUUGCAAAUUUUGCACAGCGGUCCAUAGUUCCUGCUACAAAUCGAACACUGGUCUGGAAGUUUUUGCUUGGCAUCACUCCCCGUUAUGCUGAGUCUCAAGAGUAUGUGGGGCAACAACAGGCCCUCAUGUUUGAGGAACUUUGGCGUGCUCUUAAAUCAUUGGGUCUUGGAAAUGUUGCCACACUUGGGGAAGAAACAGUCAAUGGACAUGACUGCCAUGGAAAUGCAGUUAACACUAAAUUUGCUUCAGGAAAUAAGCCUUGGUCAGAUAUACCUCUUCCAGAGCAUUACCUCCUGAUGUGGUUGAUGAGUGAAGCCAAACUUCUGUUUGACAUCAGACAGCAGUUACGAACAAAACAAAACCAACACUUCAUAGCCAUUGCAAGAAAGGUGUCUUGUUUCUUUGACGCUCCAGUAGAUAUCUACCAUGUCUGUGCCUCCAUCUGGUCACUUCUGCUAAAGAAUGAGCAGGCUAUCUUAGAUGCUGUCCAAGAUGCCAUUGGCAUGUUGCGGAAGGAAAACGACUACCUCCACCUCCACCUGUUUAAAAUGGGUCUCUUCACCAGCAGUCUCUUAAAACAUCAGUGCUUCAGCCUGUUCUGUGAUAUCUUCCCAGAGACAGCCAUUGAGAAAAUACUGGAUAAAAUCUUUGCUGGUGCAUUUAGAGUCCUGUCAUUUGUGAUUGUAGCAAUGCUCGUCCAUCAGAGACGACCUUUAAUUGCAACAUCAUCUGUGGAAGGUGUGCGAAAUGUCAUAAGUAAUAUAAGGAAAGAAGAAGCUGAAAUUAUUGUCACAUCUGCUCUAGACCAUUGGCUAAAAGUAGGGGUGGUGAAGAGAGGGUAAGGCUUAAGAAAGUUUAGCAAGUCAAACCACUGAGCCGUCUUUUCUCCCUGAAUUGUGGCAGAUGAUUCCCAAAUUUUUGUUGUGUUACAGAAUGAUAUCAAAGUAUAUUUGUUAUGGUUACCAGGCAUUGUUUUUUCUGUAAACAUGCUUAUGGUGUAAUUUUUAAAUAAAUUUCAGAAUUGA